GCUCCGGACUAGGUCUAUCAGUCGAUACCAGAUUGCAUCGAGCUGCGGCUGUGCUGAUGUAAAGUUGCAUUUCAGCAGAGGAGCAGACCCCGACGCACGAUAGCAUCUGUGCUCUCAUUUCCAUUAAUUCAAUACACAAUUAUUUAUCUUUCGUUGGAGUAAGACAGACAUGGCAACGGAGAUACCGACAGGUGUGGAAAACGUUUCAGUGGGAGAGCUGUACGUGUCGGACAAAUGUGGCAACGACCAAGAUGGGGACGGCACGGAGGCGAAACCUUUCAAAACUCCUCUCGGGGCUCUGAUGUCUGCGGGGAAGGAGCCCUUCCCGACCAUCUACGUAGAAUCACAGAAGGAGGGAGAGCGUUGGGCGGUGAUCUCUAAGACGCAGAUGAAGAACGCCAAGAAGGCCUUCAACCGCGAGCAGGUCAAGUGUGACGCCAAAGAAAAGAAGGAGGCGGAGGACACCGAGAGGAGAGAGAAGAACAUGGAGGAAGCCAAGAAGAUCACCAUCGACAACGACCCCAGUCUGCCUGAGCCUGAAGCGGUUAAAAUCCAUCAGCUGGAGGCCAAGAGAGGCCAGAGAGUCAAAGUGUUUGGAUGGGUGCAUCGCCUCAGGAGACAGGGGAAGAACCUGAUGUUCAUCGUGCUGAGAGACGGGACUGGUUUCCUCCAGUGUGUCCUGUCUGAUAAACUGUGUCAGUGCUACAACGGCCUGGUGUUGUCCACGGAGAGCACUGUCGGUCUGUACGGCACCGUCACUCCAGUGCCCGAGGGGAAGCAGGCGCCCGGGGGCCACGAGCUGCACUGUGACUUCUGGGAGCUGAUUGGCUUGGCUCCGGCGGGCGGGGCCGACAACCUGCUGAACGAGGAGUCGGAAGUGGACGUCCAGCUGAACAACCGACACAUGCUGAUCAGAGGAGAGAACGUGUCCAAGGUGCUCCGGGUGCGCUCCACCGUCACACAGUGCUUCAGGGAGCACUUCUUCAACCGCGGAUACUACGAGAUCACUCCUCCGACCCUGGUGCAGACACAGGUAGAGGGCGGCUCCACGCUGUUCAACCUCAACUACUUUGGCGAGCAGGCGUACCUGACGCAGUCCUCUCAGCUCUACCUGGAGACCUGCAUACCCGCCCUGGGGGACACCUUCUGCAUCGCCCAGUCCUACCGGGCGGAGCAGUCCCGCACCCGCAGACACCUGUCGGAGUACACUCACAUCGAGGCAGAGUGUCCCUUCAUAUCUUUUGAAGACCUCCUGAACAGACUGGAGGAUCUGGUGUGUGAUGUGGUGGACCGAGUGCUGAAAUCCCCCGCCGCCCAGCUGCUCUACGACAUCAACCCCAACUUCAAACCCCCCAAGAGGCCGUUCAAGAGGAUGGACUACUCUGAAGCCAUCGAGUGGCUCCGAGAGCACGACAUCAAGAAGGACGACGGCUCUUUCUACGAGUUUGGAGAGGACAUCCCAGAGGCUCCGGAGAGGUUGAUGACGGACGCCAUCAACGAGACCAUCCUCCUCUGCCGGUUCCCCACCGAGAUCAAGUCCUUCUACAUGCAACGCUGCGCCGAAGACAGGCGCCUCACUGAGUCGGUCGAUGUGUUGAUGCCGAACGUUGGCGAGAUCGUCGGAGGCUCCAUGCGUAUCUGGGACUCUGAGGAGCUGCUGGAGGGGUACAAGAGGGAGGGAAUCGACCCCACCCCCUACUACUGGUACACUGACCAGAGGAAGUACGGCACAUGUCCUCACGGCGGAUACGGUCUGGGUCUGGAGCGUUUCCUCACCUGGCUGCUGAACAGACAUCACAUCAGAGACGUCUGCCUGUACCCACGCUUCAUCCAGCGCUGCAGGCCCUGAACACACACACACACACACACACACACAUUCUGUUAGGAUAUCUUGACCUGGCAAUGUGUUGCUUAUGAUAUCAAAUCCUACUUUUUUGUCCCUUGGCUGUUUUUCUUUUUUCCUUACCAGAGAUGCCACAUGCUGUGCUCCUCCUCAAGCUUUUUUCCAAUUUGAUCUGACAUGAAACCUGAAUGGGAUCUUCUUCUGAUCGUGCUCUGAUUGGUGGAUAAUUAAAAAUAAUAAAUACUGCAGUUUCCUGCGAUUGUGUGCAAGUGCUGGAAAAAAGUGUCUGAAUUGUGUCUUUUUUAAAUGCAAAGCGCUUCUGUAGAAAAACAACUGUUUGGAUGUCAGGAGUUGUUACAGACCUUGAGAUGUUCAGAAAUAAAUUACCUGGAUAAGUUGUUUAGUGGCUCAAAUAUUUUGGUGUUUCCUAUGUGUGUUAGUUGUGGUGUAAAAACAGUAAAGGUAGGAACCUCUGAAGUACACACACUCAUCAUUGCGCUGCUUUCCUGCACUUUUCAUGUAUUUGGGCAAAAAGAGCCGGGCAGCAGCCUCAGGAUUGAUGGUUUAUAAAUGUGAUGCUCUGUCAGGUCUCAUGUUUGUGUCUCUGCCUCUUUAUUUAAAAUACCCCUCAAUAAACUGCACUGAAGUAAAUGUGAUUCAAACGGA